GCUUCGCCGUAACCGGACUGUCACUGUCGCGCCGCGUCUGUCAAAAUCGGCGAGUGGCUCGCCGACGGUGGUUCUCGGGUCGCUAGAUAGGAUGUGAAAAGGAAAAGGAGGACCUGCCUGUCGCGCGCGUCCCGUCGAAGCGAGGAGGUAAAAUUACACGAGACGUGACGUGACGUGACGUGACGACGGAGGAGCUAAAGGUACGACGCGCCUGAUCGACGAUUACCGAAGGAUGCGUCGGGCGAUCGGCGUCCAUUUGUUACGAUAACAACGACGAGAGGUGCUGGUGGAGGUGGUGCGGGUGACGAGGUAAAGGAGGGGAGGGAGACGAAGAGCGUGACAGCAACGUCGCGACAUUGCCAUCGUCGUCGUCGUCGUCGUUUAUCAUCAUCGACGUAACCAGCGAUGGCCGCCACCACCGUCGACGAGGUCGAGGGACUGAGAACCGAGAUUCAACGGCUGUCGCGCGAGCUUGCCUUGGCCUCCACCGAGAAGGUACAGUCGGCGAAAUACGGGCUCGCGCUGCUCGAGGAGAAGUCGAGCCUGCAGCAGCGAUGCAACGACCUCGAGGCCCUCUACGAAAACACGAAGCACGAGCUGGAGAUCACGCAGGAGGCCCUCGCAAAGUUUCAGACAACCACAAAGAUAACUGCAAAGAGCGGCAUCGAACAAGAAGAGAGUCUUCUUAACGAGAGUGCCGCCCGGGAAACGUCUCUGCAGUCGCAGAUUAUUGAAUUGGAGUGUGAAACAAAACAGUUACGUCAUGAAUUGGAACGAGUACAAGCGGAACGCGAUCACGCGCUGCAGGAACGCGAGGACAUUGGCAAAGAUCACCAGCAAGCGGAGACGGAACGUAAAUCGUUGCGGACGGAAUUACGGGAGUGCAGGUUUCGCGAGACCCGUCUGCUUCAGGAUUACUCCGAGUUGGAGGACGAGAAUAUCUCCUUGCAGAAGCAAGUGUCGAGUUUGCGAUCCAGUCAGGUAGAAUUCGAGGGUGCCAAACACGAGAAUCGAAGACUCAUGGAGGACCUUGACCUAUUAAAUAGCCAAGUGGAAGAACUGACAAACUUGAAGAAGAUAGCGGAGAAGCAGAUGGAAGAAGCGUUGGAGUCUCUACAAGCGGAGCGCGAGGCCAAGUAUGCUCUGAAGAAGGAGUUGGAUCAGAGAAUCAACAGCGAGUCGAUCUACAAUCUCAGUAACCUUGCGCUCUCUAUCCGAGGCAUCACGGAGGAUCAGACGAUAUGUAGCGAUGGCGAAGACGAUUCGCCUGCACUGCGUAGAAUCGAGGCAGAUCUAAAGACGCAGGAACCAGGCACGUCCGCGUCCGACAAGCAGGUCGACUUAUUCUCCGAAAUUCAUUUGAACGAAUUGAAGAAAUUAGAAAAGCAGCUGGAACUCGCAGAGACUGAAAAGGCCCACUUAACGCAAAACUUACGCGAGUCGCAGUAUGCAGUCGAGAAAAGCCAGGCGGAAUUGCAAUCGUUCGUUGCACGAAUAGUGCAGCUGGCAGCGCAUGUGCAAUCGCUGCAUCAUCUUCAUUCGAAGUUGCCAGAAACGCAGAGUGAAGAAGCAACGCUGGAUAAACUCAAUCAGGCUAUUGUGCAAUAUCAUCAAUGGAGCACCAUGUCCGCUCGCGAGGUUAAUCAAUUGCAGAAAGAUCUGGCAGAAUUGGAGAACGGUUUAACCAUAUCUGACUCCACGCAACAGCUAAGAACAGAGCUGACAAAUUUGAGAAACAAGAUACCCGAGUCAGAGAAGAGCCUUCGAGAAAAGCUCUUGGAUACGGAACAAAGAAGCAUGCAACUCGAAUCGGACGUAUCCACUUUGUCGAAACUCACCGCGGAAGCUGGCGGUUUUCUUGAUUCUGCUCAGAACGAUUUGCAGAACCUCUCCGACGAGCUCGCGCAGCUCUACCAUCACGUGUGCACCGUUAACGGCGAGACUCCCUCGAGAGUGGUGUUGGAUCACGAGAAAUCGGAAAUUGUGCCCGAAAAGGAAGAGGAGAACGGUAAGAUGGAUUGGUGUCGAACUCUAUUCAAGACCGACAUCAAGAUUAAGGAUCUAGAAAGUCUCAGCAAAUCAAAGGAAAUUGCGAAGCACAUAGAGACCGCGAUGGACCAAAUAAAAUAUCUUAGAAGCGCCGUAGAACACACAAUCGAAUUAUCCAAAGUCAAGGGAAUGCAGUCCAACAUCUGCAACGUUUGCGAGACUUCUGUCAAUGAGAACAAAGCAGAAAUAACGGAUCUUCAAGAGCAAGUCAUUAGAUUAAAGGCCUUGCUGUCCGCUAAACGAGAGCAGAUUGCCACAUUAAGAACAGUGCUUAAAUCAAACAAAAACACGGCAGAAGUAGCGUUAACGAACUUAAAGAGCAAAUACGAAAACGAGAAGAGUAUCGUCAACGAGACAAUGCUCAAAUUAAGGAAUGAGCUUAGAAUGUUGAAGGAAAACGCUGCAACCUUUUCGAGUCUGCGUGCAAUGUUUGCUGCACGCUGCGAAGAAUACGUGACGCAAGUGGACGAGCUCCAGCGGCAACUCGCCGUGGCGGAGGAUGAGCUCGGCCUCACCAUGAAGCUGGAGGAGCUGGAGGUCGAUCGGGAGCUGCGCAACACCAGGAGACACGCUGCCGGCGCAAACGGACGCGGCAGACCGCGACUGUCGCAACAGACGAACCGUCCCCACUUAGGCAGAGAUUUCUUCUAGAAAAUGAUGAAGAUGUGGAGUAAGAUAUUCUGAGAGAAGCGAGAAUUUUGAGAACCUUUUCGAAUUUUUCUACUCGUUGUCGUUGGGGCUGAAGGACUGUGUGUAGUGAGUAUACAAUUGACUUCUUCUUUGUUAAAGAGACAUCCCGCAGUCAUGGGUACGUGUGCACCAUAAUAAUCGUCGCGGCAAAUUCCGUGAAACGUAUUUUUACAAAGAGAUGGACGGGAUACACGAUAAGUAUUUGAGGAAAAAAAAAAAAAAGAAAAUGACGACGCCGUCCUCACUAAAUACGGGAGAGAAUCCUGCUCGGUGAACGGGAAUUGGCUACGUUUUAAAGGUUUCGAAAUGUUCAGUUUCAUACCCCACGAAUUUUGCUCCAUAUCAUAGAGUCUCUUCGGGGAGUCUCUGCCUUGUGUUACCACUAUUGUUAGUAGAGGAAUUUAAGGAGUGUAUAGGAUAUACACUUUCGUUGAGGGCGCCCGCGGUUUGCGGAGUCGCCGUGUGCAAGUUUAAUGCGAAUUCUACGUUCUACGUGACGAUACGCGUUAGUUGCGUUAAACUGUCAAGUGCAUUAAAUUAACGCGAAUGAUUCAUUCUCGAUCGUUUUUAUUGUACAGAGGAAACGUUCUACGUUUUGAACUUUGAUUUGUCGUGCUCUAUCAUUGCUUUAGCACGCUUAUUUAUUACGUAUUCUAAUAUAUUCAUUAUUGCCUCGAUGAUCAGAGGAUAUUCUGUUGAUGGUUGGUAUGUAGCAUAAUAAUCAUCUCCGGAACGUUUCGUCAAGGAUAAAAAUGCUUUCACGUACGUUAAAAGGAGAAGACGCACGGCGAAAGAAACGUAUACCGUUUGUAGGUAGUUAGCGCGGAGAACGGCAAAUUUUACAUUGCAUACCACAUAGAGACAAUAUUAAUAUCUCGCGCGUGACCGGUAGAGUUUAUAAUCAAAGUAGCGAAAUGGAAUGUCGUAGUAGCAAGUAGAUUUGAAAAUUUUAGACGGUAGCCGAAUAAAAAAGAACACAAUAGGAGGACCUAUCUUCCAAGUAGGAUACUUCAGGUCACAUCUCCGCCACAAAAACGACACUCGGAUGCAUAUAGAUCCACUUAUUUAUGCCCUCUUAUUUGACGAUUGAUUUUUUUUAUGCAUGAAUAAACCAUUUUUUUAUUCGAUCGAGUCAUAAAAAUAUUUUGAUAUAUUGGAAAUGGAACAGCCGAUGCUGCCUUUUGUGUUCUGGAAAAAAAUCAAAGAGCUAUAUAUAGAUAUUACAUAAGUAUGAAAAUGUCAUUUUUUCUCUAUAUUAAAAAAAUUACGUUAAAAAGUUAAUGUUAAAUUCAUGAUUUUAGGCAGCUUAUUUUUUUCUAUCUCCGAGACGCGGGGAUUCGAUUGUUCCAGUGUUCCAAGAUAUUACAAAUAUUUAUCUUUUAUCGUUAAAGAUCGGUAUACGUUUUUACAAUCUCGUUGUUAGCUAUGGAAUGUGCAACGUACGAUACCUCGUUCUUUCUAAUAAUUUUAUUGUAGUAAACGCGGCCUAAAUGGGCUUUAAAUCAUUUAAUUGACAGCUUGUUGAAUUUACACUUUUAUCGUGUUUUUUACUGAAGUUAACUAUUACACCCGCAUUAUUGUAUUCGAAGCAGCUAUUCGAUGCGAGUUUUAUCAUUUGUUACUUUUAUUUCUAUAUACAUUUUUUUAUUGUAACGCAAAACGCUUUGUAAGGCACUUUUAAUAGUUCGUUGACGCAUAAUAAUCGCUGAUCUCGCUCGACGAGAUCACGAAAAGGUUCCUUAUUUAAAAAAAGAGGACACACGCAUAUAUAGUUCUGACUACUAGUUUUUAUUAAUUAUCGCUGUUUUGUCAGUUUUGUAGAAGUGUAAUUAUCGUGAUAAGAGUGUGUGUGCUCAGUGCAUUUCGCAGAAUGCUCUUUUACUUUGAUAUUUUCCAUAAAUACAUCCGUAUGUAUGUUUUCUUCUAGUAAUAAAUAUAUUUAUAAUUCAUAGCCCGCCGUUGCGUAAAGCAGUCAUUCCAAUUAAAACACUCGAUUAUGUAGCUGCCCGAUUGUUAUAAAACUUCUGAGCAGUAUCGACCGUAUUAGUAUUUUACAAAUAUAUUAACUAUUUUAUAUAUAUAUAUAUAUUUUUUACAUAUAUAUUUAAUAGUUGAUUAUCAUAAUUAUUAAGAUGUGCACACAUAAUUGAAAUACAUUCAAUGUAAUGGAGCAUUCUGUGCGAAUAAAUUUACACAUAUAUUUAUAACGUGAAUGCUAUCAUAGAUUGGCUUCAAUCAAAUCUGUUAUCACGGCUAUUGCCACUAUUAUCUUGAUUAUUAUUAUCAUCGCUAUCUUUUAUUAUUGAUGCAAUUGUACAUUUAUUGUCGUAACUAUUGCCUGUCGGCUUCGCGAUAAGACGAAUACCUAAAGAGAAUUUAUCGACCGUUUAUUAAUUAAUUAAUUAUCGCUAUUAUAUCUAUAUCGUGUCGUCUUUAUAUCGCGCGUCACCUGUGUCUAAGACGCGUGUCACGAAUGGAAAUCCUAUCUUUCAUUUUAUACAGUUCAACGUCGACGAUAUUCUAUCGAUGUUGAUAUUCAGAAUAAAGCAUUUUUCGCAGAUUUUUAUUUUCUUUACGAUUUAUUUCCUAUGUCGAAUCUCUAAUUUCUCGCCCGUCUUAAAUAUUUUUCUUAAACGAUAAUACGUGGAUUAGCAAUAAUUAUUAGUUUACUUUAUUAUUAGUUGACUGCACUAACAAAUUUUUAAUUAAUUUGUAAUAGGUCAACUGACUUUGUUGAAUGGUCCUUAUCUCCUUUUAGAGAUUUUAGGAUUAAUUAUAUAAUACAUAGAUAAGAAAAUAAACAUUUAUUUUAACACUUAAACGUUUUAAUGUAGAUUGGUGCAAUUGAUCCUAAAUAAUACUAUUGUAUAAUUCUAUAAUUAUUCUUAAAUAUAUUAUAUGUAUACAUAUAUAACUUUCCAAGAGUAAAAGAAGGAAGAAUUUUGCAAGAUUCGUACACACUCUUAGGCGCUAGACACAGGUCAGGCUAAUUUAUAUCCAUAAACCGAGCCAGUCUCAGACCACCGUCCCUUCCCUUCUCAUUAUGCAUCACUGUCGGGAACAAGCCGGACAAAAAAAAAGAUUCUUCCUUUUCUCGAGAAACUGUCCUCAAACUAUUUUUCACGAGAAAUUUCGUCCUUGACUCAACUUAACCGUCCGCGCUGCAUCACGCGACUAGAGACGUUAGUAUCAGAGAAAACAUAUAAAUCUGUAAUGUUACAAUAUGAAAUAUAAUUAUAAGAAAUUCGGAGACUGCGCAUGAUUAUUGAUAUUUAAUAGUUAUGUGAUAUAUCAGGAAUUUGAUUUUUACAAACAGAUCUGUUUUCUAUCGAUAAGAAGAUCUGUGCAGUUUCUUGUUGCAAUUUAGAUAUAUGUUAGAUAUUUUGCUUGUUAAUUGAUUUCUGAGAGAAUCACGAUAAUGAAAGCACGGUCUCCGAAGGAUUGUUAAAAAAUUGAUGAAUGUGAGCGUCCAGUCGCGGUAGCGCAUAGCUUUGACAAUUUUUGCCAAAAGUAAUUCUGUCCUUUCGAAGGAACCCGACACGGUCCUUCUGUACAUUUAGCGUCCUUUAUAAAGUUCCUCUAUGUAAAAGGUUGCGUAUCAGCAUCAUGAAUAUAUUGAUCGAUGAUUUAUUACCUAUAUAAAUAAUUUCAAUGUCCGGCUAAAAUAUGUCUUGUAAAAUCUUUUUUUGUAAUAAAUUUAUACGAAGGAGGGAAAAGGCAAUUAAGAGCCAACGCGGUUAUUUGUUCGCAUAUGUUUUAUUAUAAUCAAAUUAUAUUGACAUUGUAAUUAAUAUAAGUGAUGAUAGGCAUAAUCAUAAAAAGCAUACGUACAUUCGGUCCUUUUUUUGGAUCAUCUUCAGCGCAAUUACAAAAUAAAUAUAGUAAUUAAUAUAAGUAAAAAUAAUUAAUAUAAACAUUCUGUGUCUAAACUCUGUGUCGAAACAUUUAACUUCUGAAAUGGUAUUAAAAGGCAAAAAAUAGCCUUAAUUUGCAGACAGACACAGAAUAUUUAUAUUAUACAGAUGUAAUAGAUAAAUUAAAACUUGAAUAUCACGCCGUCUUAUUUGUAAACAUCCCUCUGUAUUCGUAUAUACUUUAUAUAUCUUGCGAUAUGAAAAGACUUGACAUUCUGUCUCGAACGUUCGUUGUAUGUAACAUUUAUCUUCUUUACAACAUGUGUGACUCACUCAAGUUCGAUAUAUUUGUAUUGCUUUUUUAAUGUAGUAUAUUUUAUUGGACAGUCUCUCUUUAUCUCGAAGGUUCAUUAUAUAACAUUUGCCUUCUGACGAUAUAAGUGACUCACUCUUAUUGUGUAUAUUAUUAUUAUUACACACAUUUUUAAUAUAAUAUAUUUCAUUUACUUGUAAUUGCGCUGAAGAUGAUCUAAAAAAAGGACCAAAACGUACGUUUUUUAUGAUUAUGUCUAUCAUCAAUUAAUUAAAAUGUCAAUGUAAUUUGGUUGUAAUAAAAUAUUUACCGCGCUGGCUCUUAAUUGCCUUUUCCCUCCUUUGUAUGAUAUAUUCAUAAGAGCUUUUAUUAGUUUAUUUUAGUAAUAAACUUAUAUAUUAUUUUAAAAAGAUCGAAAAAAUACACAACCUGUGUACCGAAUUAUUUAUCAAGAUCGUGUUUAAGAUUCUAAGCUAGAAAAAGCGAGAAACAGAACGAGUUUGAGACAAACCGAAUUAAAUAAUUUAAAGAGAAAAUCGAGAGGAGAGUACAUUGUGAACAAUAAUAUUAGAAUCUGCCCCGUCGAAGAUUGGUAAACGAGGAGGUAAUUGGGCUGACGGACAGAUUUAUGCUCAAGGCUUCCACAAAAGUUCUUAUUGCGUCCCGUCCGGCGAAUCUCCCGAUGGUGGUGCGUUUAGAUACGUGAGACUAGGAGUAAUAAAAGAAAAAGAGAGAAAAAAUGUAAAACUCGCGAAUAACGAGUCCGAUUAGCUGUAACACGAUGUAGACUAAGAGAUUAAUCGACUGCGUAAUGUGCGCUGAAACUAUUUCUCUAAGAUUCGGAGAGAAAGAGAGAGAUCUCUUGAUGUAAUGACAUGCAUGAGACGUCCCGACGACGUUGGAUGUAUCGCACUUUAAUCGGGUCCAUGUUGCACUUACGCGAAAUAUUUUUACACUUCGUCAUUGACAGAUUGUAUCUCUUAGUAAUAAUUAUCGAUGCGCAAGCUGGACAGCAUUAUCAGAUAGCAUUUUGCGAAUUUGUGAAUUGUCAUUAAGCGGUAUUAUAUACAUUCUUUCUUGUAUAUAGAUAUUAUUGUGUUAAGAUAUUUUAUUUGUGGUAUAAAAAACUAUAGAAAUCAUUUCUUUAAUUUACGAAAUACGUUUCGAAUAAUGUUCACAAAUUUGCAGAAUGACGUAACGUUCCAAUUGUUAUCUAAGUUAUUAAGUAUCUCUUUUUAAAUCAAAUUUUACUCGGAGAAAUUAUUUAUUAUUUUACUGUAUUAUGUUAAUUAUAGACGAGUUAAAUAUUAUUAAUUAUAUUCUGAGAUAUAGAAUAUGUGCAUAUAACUCAAUUAAUUUGAUAUUCUAGAGUUGCAAUUUUAGUAAUCUUAAUGUAGUAAUAUUUAUGUAUGUGUGUGGACUUGUAUAAUAACUAUUUUUUAUUUAACAUAUAUAUUUAGAAUUCAGUAUUUGGUAUUGCAUUUCGAUCAGCGUGGAGAGAGACAGAGCUAAUAAAUUAUUAGUGAGUUUUUUUAGUUCAGUAUUCAUACUGUUCUCCAUUGAAAGAAAUAUCUUUAUCAAAUUGGUUUUAUAUUGAUCAUGGACCCAGAACAUUGUAUGUUGUAUAUACUGUAAAUGCACUCUAGCGUUACGGCAUCAAUAAUAUACAUUAUAUGAAAACGUACCAAAUUUCGCAGAGAUUAGCGAAAACGAUUUAUACAUACAUACAUAUAUAUAUAUAUAUAUAUUAUACGAAGGUCUCAACGAGCAUUAUAUUUUCUCCGUAGCUAUUAUAGCACAUUAAUCGUUAAAUCGUAAGAAGAAAAAAAAACAUCCGGAACCAACCAUUUAUAGCAAUCUCGUGAUUUUUGUCCCGCGUUUAUUGACAAGUAAUCGGAACGGAGACGCCAGUUUUAAAUUAGAUCGAAUGUAGCUGUUAAGUAGAUGUUCAGUAACAUUAUUUACAGGUAAAAAAUUUAAAAAAAGAAUCGAAAAAAAAGAGGGAGAAAGAGACAAAGGUAGAGAUGCGUAUUCAAGCCACACUCGUGGUACCUGGAGUUGACGUUUAUUAAACAAUAGUAUAUUAUACGUAGUGGAGAUUCUUUUUGUAACAUAAAGUGAAAUAUAAUCGUUUGUAACAUGAUUAAA